CGUCGGGCGGGCGUUCCUCGGGCGGCGCGCGCGGCCGGUGCGCCCCGGCGAUGCAGGGUCCCGGGAGACGGCGGGCAUGACGGCGGCAGGAUGGGCGCGAACAAUGGCAAGCAGUACGGCAGCGAGGGCAAAGGCAGCUCAAGCAUCUCAUCCGACGUGAGUUCAAGUACAGAUCACACACCGACUCAAGCCCAGAAGAAUGUGGCGACCAGUGAAGAUUCCGACCUGAGCAUGCGCACCCUGAGCACGCCCAGCCCGGCGCUCAUCUGUCCGCCCAGCCUGCCCGGCCUUCAGAACGGAAGGGGCUCGUCCACGUCCUCGUCGUCCGUCACGGGCGAGACGGUGGCCCUGGUCCACGCGCCGCCGCCCGCGCGCCUGGCGCACCCGCUCGUCCGCCUGGCAGCGCGGCCGCCGAAGGGGCAGGCGAGCGUCGAGCGGCUGCCGGACGCGGCCCUGGUCCACGUCCUCUCCUUCCUGCCCACCAACCAGCUGUGCCGCUGCGCGCGCGUGUGCCGCCGCUGGUACAACCUGGCCUGGGACCCGCGCCUCUGGAGGACGAUCCGCCUGACGGGCGAGACCAUCAACGUGGACCGCGCGCUCAGGGUGCUCACCCGCAGGCUCUGCCAGGACACCCCCAACGUCUGCCUCAUGCUGGAGACGGUCAUCGUCAGCGGCUGCCGGCGGCUCACGGACCGCGGGCUCUACACCAUUGCCCAGUGCUGCCCCGAGCUCCGGCGCCUGGAGGUGUCCGGCUGCUACAACAUCUCCAACGAGGCCGUCUUCGACGUGGUAUCCCUCUGCCCCAACCUGGAGCACCUGGACGUCUCAGGCUGCUCCAAAGUGACCUGCAUCAGCUUGACCCGGGAGGCGUCCAUCAAGCUGUCCCCCUUGCACGGUAAACAGAUCUCCAUCCGCUACCUGGACAUGACGGACUGCUUCGUGCUGGAGGACGAGGGGCUGCACACCAUCGCGGCGCACUGCACGCAGCUCACGCACCUGUACCUGCGGCGCUGCGUGCGGCUCACGGACGAGGGCCUGCGCUACCUGAUGAUCUACUGCCCGUCCAUCAAGGAGCUGAGCGUCAGCGACUGCCGCUUCGUCAGCGACUUCGGCCUGCGCGAGGUCGCCAAGCUGGAGUCCCGCCUGCGCUAUCUCAGCAUCGCGCACUGCGGCCGGGUCACCGACGUGGGCAUCCGCUACGUGGCCAAGUACUGCAGCAAGCUGCGCUACCUCAACGCCAGGGGCUGCGAGGGCCUCACGGACCACGGCGUGGAGUACCUGGCCAAGAACUGCCCGAAGCUCAAGUCGCUGGACAUCGGCAAGUGCCCCCUGGUCUCCGACACCGGCCUGGAGUGCCUGGCCCUGAACUGCUUCAACCUCAAGCGGCUCAGCCUCAAGGCCUGCGAGAGCAUCACCGGCCAGGGCCUGCAGAUCGUGGCCGCCAACUGCUUCGACCUGCAGAUGCUCAACGUGCAGGACUGCGAGGUGUCGGUGGACGCGCUGCGCUUCGUGAAACGCCACUGCAAACGCUGCGUCAUCGAGCACUCCAACCCGGCCUUCUUCUGAAGG